AUGGUCUUUAAACUGAAAUUGCCCAGCGCCUCGACUUACACGGUAGAAAGUGCAAACUUUCAAAGAGUUCACAUCAACAGCUUGUUCAUGCCGAAGCCGACGAAGGCCCGCGCCUCCUUCGUGGCUGGCUCCGGCACCAAGUGCCCUCGCGAGCUGGCGGAGCCGGUCCAGCUCAUCCGCAUCGCGCCGGAGAGCAACACGCUGGUCGUCAGCAGCGUGCAGGCAUGCACCAAGGGCAUCUGGAUCUGGGGCGCGCCGAUCCACCACGAGGCGGGCGCAGCGGCACGCGCCAUCAACUCGGGCGCGAUGGACCAGCUGUCGCUCGUGGUGCAGCUGAUCAAGCGGAUCCGCGUCAACGCGGAGGAUGCCGAGGGCGCGGGCGGCGCGCUGCUGGCCGAGCACUUCCCGCAGUUCGUGUGGCUGCUGCGCGACUUCCAGCUCGACCUGCUCGACGAGGCGGGAAGGCCGAUCUCGGAGGACGAGUACCUCGAGGACUGCCUGCGGCAGAAGCCGGGCAGCUCGGCGGCGGUGCGCGAGCAGAACGAGACGAGGGCCGGGCUGACGGCGCUCUUCCGCCACCGCAGCUGCAUCGCGCUGCCGCACCCGACGCUCGGCACGCCGCUGCCGCCCGAGGCGCUCAAGACGCUGGGCGACUGCGCGCUCGCCGAGCUGGCGCCCGCCUUCCAGCACGGCGUCGGCAGGUUGCAGGCGGCGGUGGUGGGCGCGAUGCGCAGCAAGAGCCUGCACGGCACGAAGCUCGACGGCCGGAUGCUCGUCGGGCUCGCCGAGGCGUACGUGCGCGCGAUCAACGACGGUGCGCUCCCCACCAUCUCGACCGCGUGGGCCGGCGUCGUCGCCGCCGAGAACGAGCGCGCGCUCAAGGCGGCGACCCAGCUCGACGCCGCGCUGCGCGCCUUCCGCGCCGCGGCGGUGGGCGAGGCGGCGGCGGGGUUCGAGGAGCAGCUGCGCGAGGCGGUGCGCGCCGAGGGCGAGGCGCAGCGGUUGCUGCUCGCGGCGCGCUCGGAGGCGCUGUGCACGCGCUAUGACGCUGCGGCGGCGGAGGUGGAGGCGCUGCCGGUGGUGGGCGACGUGCUCAAGCAGCUCGAGGCGGCCAACAGCGUGAGCGCCGACACGAUACGCCUCUCUGCUCAUAUCGACUAUGGAACGGUGUACGAACAAGUGCCACACGCAUAG